GACCAACAGACGCAGACGACGCCGCAGACAAGACACGCGACUAAAUCAAAAUUCGAAAAAAACAAAACGUUUAAAACAUAGCCCAACAAAAAUUCUUCUAAAAAAAUUGUCUAUACCUCACACAAUAAUCAUCAAUAUAGAUACAUACAUAUACAUACAUAAAAUAUCAAGAAUAUAGUAUAUAUACCUAUAUCUGAUCUAUAACGAUCUAAAUUACGGUUGUGCAAAAAAAAAACGCGCGCGUAAAUAAUAUUCAGAGCAAAAAAUAAAAAAGAACUGGCGGAGGAGCAUCAGAUGCUCACAAGAUGGUCCACCAUAAUAAUGAAGAUGCCAUGAAUAAAAUUCCACUCAAAUCCGCCAGCGGUUUGGAUGAUGAAGAGAAAAAUGGCGGUGAACUGAUGCAGGAUACGGCAGCCGUCGAAGAGGCGCGUCGUGAACAAAUGCGUGCCAACAUGUUGGCCUGGAUGAAGAAACUCACAAUUGUAUUGAUCUGCUUUAUUGGCAUUGCCUUGAUCAGCUAUGUUAUUAUCAGUCUCUGUUUUAGCGAUGAGCAACAGGAUGCCGAGGACAGCAGCAGCAGCAGCAGCAGCAGCAACAACAUGGACAAUCUGAGAAUGGAUGGUACCACCUCAGCCUCUGGUCUCUUGGCACCAAAUGUGGCAGCCUCCACAUUACCCACAUCAGCGCCUGGUCUAGAUACAUCGUUCGAUGCUCGCUACAAUGCCAAUGUGACAUUUCAAUCAAAAUUGGGUGUCUAUCAGAAUGCAGCCGUUUGUACUGACAGAGUGGAAUGCAGUCAAAUAGCCAGUGACAUUCUCAGUCGCAAUGGCAGCGCCGUGGAUGCAGCAAUUGCUGCCCUACUUUGCAAUGGCUUGAUCAUGCCCCAGAGCAUGGGAAUUGGCGGUGGCAACCUGAUGAAUGUGUACAAGCGUAAGAAUCGUCAUGCCUAUUCGAUAGAUGCCCGCGAGGUGGCUCCAUAUGCGGCUGAAGAGGAUAUGUUCAGUGCAAAUCCAAAUGCCUCAUUGUAUGGACCCUUGAGUAUUGCAGUGCCUGGUGAAUUGAUGGGCUAUCAUGAGGCGCACAAAAGAUUUGGUCAAUUGCCAUGGAGUGAAUUGGUGGCACCUUCAUUGAAACUAUGCGAGACAGGCUAUCAAAUAACCACUCAUAUGCAUGACAGUUUAAAACGAAUGUACUUGACAAUCAAGGACAAAUUUGGGUUUGAACAUUACUUCAAUAAGGAUACUGGAUCGCUCCACAAGCCUGGUACAUUGAUAAAGCCACUGAAAGAACGUUGUGCCUCAUAUCAAUUGAUUGCCGACAAUGGUCCCUUGGACUUUUACAAUGGAACUUUGGCCAGCCUGCUAUUGGAGGAUCUCAAAGAAAUGGGCAGCCUGGUGAAGGCUGGUGAUCUGCAAAACUAUGAAGCCGAUGUGGUUAACUCAAUAACAAUGGAUCUGGGCGAGAAUACACUCUAUGUGAUGCCGCCAGUUAGCAGUGGAUCGUUAGUGGCUCACGCUUUGAGCAUACUCCAGGGAUAUAAUUUCACCAAAGCCGAUCUAGCUGACGAUGAGUCCAAAGCCCGGACAUACCAUCGCAUUGCAGAGGCCAUGAAAUUCGCCUUUGCCCGACGCGGGGAAUUGGGUGAUCUGCGGGCAAAUGAUGUGCGCGAACUGAUUAGUCAGCUAAACAGUGUUGAAUUCGGGGCCGAGCAUCGAGCCAUGAUUAAUGACAGCUCAGUGCUGGAUGGGCCACAGGAAUAUGGAGCACAAUUCGCCAGUAACGAUGAAAGUCACGGCACUAGCCAUAUGUCAAUAGUUGCCCCCAAUGGCGAUGCCGUUUCUGUCACUAGCUCAGUGAACUUGUAUUUUGGUGCCAAUUUAGUUGGUCCUCGCACUGGUAUCAUUCUAAACAGUGGCAUGAAUGAUUUCUCCGUCGAGAGCAACUAUUUUGGAGUACCUCAGUCGCAGGCAAAUGUUAUUGGCCCCUAUAAGAGAGCCAUGUCCUCAAUGUCACCAGUUCUAUUGGCUGACAAGGAGGGCGAUAUACGUCUAGUCGUUGGAUCAGCCGGUGGAACUCGCAUUGUGGAUGCCAUUGUCCUGGUGAUCGCACGUGUCCUUUGGUUCGGUGAAGAUCUAAAGACAGCGAUAGAUGCGCCUCGUUUCCAUCAUCAAUUGUUUCCAGAUGUCUUUGAAUAUCAGCCAGAUGGUUUCUCCGAUGCAGUGCUCCAGUUGAUUGCGAAACGGGGGCAUGUGUUGAAGAAAUCGGCACCAGUUACAUCCGUGGUAUGUGCCAUAGAGAAAAAUGCAACAGGGAUUUAUGCCAAUGCCGAUUAUCGUAAACGUGGCGAAGUUGCGGGCUUUUAGAGGCACUUACACACACACCAAACUCACACACAUACAUAUUCACACUAACACACAAACACAAAACACAUACACAUACAUCAUCGUCAAGUGAGAUUAGAAAAGAAGAAGCAGGAGUUAAAACCGCUAACAUCAAGUGCAAGUGAAAGUAUUUAAGCUAGCUAAGUAUUUCUUUUUUUACACAUUAUGUAUAUCGUACGUUAUAUAAAUUUAUAUUGCUACCUACUACAUACAUACGUCUGUACUACUAU